AUGGCCCCGGCCGCCUUCCUGGGAGCGGCGCACGUCCCUGCCCUGCUGACAGGCUCUUACACAGCUCUGCGCGCCCUGCAGCUGGGCCUGCCCUCCCUGGGCGGCGGGGACGCGGCCGGGCGGCCUGGAAUCCUGCCCGCCCUGCGUGCCCACGUCCAGCCAGCGGCUGCAGCACCGCUGGCUCCGGGGGACCCCGGUCUGACCACCAGCAUGGAGCUUGGGCCAGCCACCGACACCUUCGUGCUGGAGCUGCGAUGUCUACAGGAUGGGGGCCCAGGGCCCAGCACCUUCUCAGGUGCCAGCGGUGGGAGUGAAAGCCAGGAGGAAGAAGAGGGUCAGGAGGGGAGCCACAGCCCACAAUGGCCAGCAGUCUCAGCCCCAGCGCGGACCAGUGAAGUCACCGUGGCUGCCCAGUCAGGACAGCUGCAGCUGCCAGAGCAGCAGCCCCCAAACCAGCUAGUAGGACAUCAGCCAGAAUUACAGGAACCACAGCAGGUACAGUUACAGCAGCACUUACAACAACAGGAGCCCUCGCAGCCGCCGCCAGAACAACAGUCGUUGCAGGAAGCGUUGCAGCAGCAGCACAUGGGAGAGCGGCAGCAGCAGCUUCUGCUACCACCGCCAGAGCCACAGUUGCAACAACAGCAGCAUGUGCAGGAACAGCCACAACAGAUACAGUUACAGCAGCGACUGUUGCUGCAGCCACCACCAGAGCAGCAGUUGCAACAGCCGGAACCCUUACCGCAGCUGCAGGAACAGCAGUUGCUGUCAGCACCAUUGCAGCAGCAGCACGCCCAAGAGCAAGUGCUUCAACAACAGCAGAUACAGUUACAGCAGCAGCUACUGCUGCAACCACCGGAGCAGCAGUUGCAUGAACAGCAGCUAUUGCAGCAGCAGCAGGAACCAUUACAGCAGCACCAUGCCCAAGAGCAGCAGGUACAGUUGCAGCAGCAGCUGCUUCUCCAAGAGCAGCAACUGUUGCAGCAGCAACACGGGCAGUUGCAACUGCAGCUGCUACCACAGCAACAAUUGCAACCACAGCAGCUGUUACAGCAGCAGGAACCUUUACAGCAGCAACUGCUGCAACAGCAGCAGGAGCAGCUUCAGCAACAGCUGCUGCAGCAACAGCAGCUGCAGUUGCAGCAACAACAGCUGUUGCAGCAGGAGCAGCUGCAGCCUCGAGCAGCAGAGCCUGAGGACGAGGAGGUGGAGCUGGAGCUCCUGCCCGUGGACCUGGGGACAGAGCAGGAGCUGGAGAGGCAGCGGCAGGAGGAGCUGGAGCGCGAGCGGCAGGAGGAGCAGCGGCAGUUGCAGCUCAAACUGCAGGAGCAGCUGCAGCAGCUGGAGCAACAGCUGGAGCAGCAGCAGCAGCUGGAGCAGCAGGAGGUGCAGCUGGAGCUGACCCCGGUGGACCUAAGUGCGCAGCCGCAGGAGGUGCAGCUGGAGCUGACGCCGGUGCAGCCGGAGCUGCAGCUGGAGCUGGUCCCUGCGGGGCCGGGGGCCGUGACUGCGGGGCGGGCGGCGCCAGCCGCAGUGGUCGUGGCCCCUCCGGGCUACGUGGUGCUGCAGGAGCUCAUGGUGCUGCCGGCCGUGGCCACGUCUGCGGUGGUGGCCAUCCCAGGCCCGGCGGGCAGCGCGGCCCUGACUGGCCUGAGGGACCCCCAUCCAGACCACCUCUGCGCCCCUAAGACCUAUGACCACAAGAGACCACAGCGCAGUGGGCUGUGGGGCUGCGAGCACCUCGUCCACCCGCUCCCCUCCACCGGCGAGGGCCACCUAAGUUCUCAAGCCCAGGUUUCGUCCGGCCGCUUUCCCAGGCGGACCACAAGGUCCCCAGAGCGGGGCGCAGGGAAGGGUCCCCAAGCGCAGGGCCGGGCACUAACCGCGCACUACGUCGACAGCGAGCCGGCGACCCCGCGUGACCGGAAGUGCCCCCUCCCGCGGCGGGGCGGGGCCGAGCGCGGACUUCCGCCUCCCUCGGCCCCGCCGUGCUCCCCGGGGACCCCCGACUGGCUGCCCGCGGACCCUUGUCCAGUCCCCCUCAAGCCCCCGCCCAUCUGCUCGCCGACCCCCCACCAGGAUCCCCAGACCCCAUGCCUGAUGACCUGCAGACCCCCGCCCAACUUCCAGCAGAACUGGGUCCAGACCCGCAGGGACCUCGAUCCACCUCCCCACGGACCCCCGCCUGGCCACCGCAGGGCCUUGCCCAGCCCCGUCUACCUGGUGUACCCGCCAUUGCUUGGGACCACACCCCUGGCCCUACCUCCGGCCCCAUCCUUGUGUGCAUGGCCCAUCAGCACCUUGGGUCAGUGUGAGGACACUCGGGUGACCUACGGGGCUUCUGUGUUUCAGACCGAGCUGAGGCCACAGGAGGAGAUGGCGGCCCUGCGCAUGACGCCGGACACCCCAGAUGCUGGCCAGCUGGAGAGAGCAGAGGAUGGCUCGGAGUGCAGCCCCGAGCACGAGGAGGAUGAGGAAGGCAUAGUGGUGGACGAGGAGGAGGUGGACGUGGUGGACGUGGUGGCGGAGGUGACCACAGAGCUGGCAGAGGAGCAGGAGGUGGACGUGGUGGCGGAGGUGACCACAGAGCUGGCAGAGGAGCAAGAGGUGGACGUGGUGGCGGAGGUGACCGCCGUGGCAGAGGUGACCACAGAGCUGACAGAGGAGCAGGAGGUGGCCGCCAAGGAGGAGCAGAGCCCGGUGUCAGGGACCCAGCAGCUACAGAGCAGAGGUGGCACCAGGUCCCCAGAGCUCCCUGAGAAGACUCUGCAGAUCACCCAGGUUCCAGCUGUCCCUGGAGAUGAGGACCUGGAGGAGGAGGAAGAAGAGGAAGAUGAAGAGGAGGAGGAAGAUGACGACGAGGCAGCUGAGAACGGUUUCCUAACAGCCGGGUCCCAGGGGCUGGUGACCUUUGAGGAUGUAGCCGUGUACUUCUCCCUGGAGGAGUGGGACAAGCUGGAUGCAGGCCAGCGGGCCCUCUACAAGGAUGUCAUGCAAGAGAACUACGGGAUCCUGAUGUCUCUGGGAUAUCCGAUCCCCAAGCCAGAUCUGAUCUCCCGCCUGGAGCAAGAGGAAGAACCGUGGGUCGCAGACAGCCCCCGGCCCGACGACGGAGACAUUGUCACUGGCGUCUACACAGGAGCCUGGUACUGGACCGACGACAUGGAUGACCACGAAGAGGAAGAUGAUGAGGACUUCCUGGCGGAGGUGGCCGAGGAGGAGAACGAACCCCCUGGGUUGUGGUCAGCGGCUUACGGCGUGGGAGACGUGCCCGGGACCUGGGGACCUGAUGACUCGGACUCAGCACAGACGUUGGAGGGGUGGGAGCCCGACCCUGCCAGCAUCGGGAUCCUGGCCGAUGGGACCGAGGCAAAGCCCUUCUUGGCUGGCCGUGAGCCAGGUGCCAACCUGCUGGUGCCCUGGGCGUUCUCGGCGGGAGCGGGUGCUGCAGAUGAGCAAGCCGAGGCCACCUGCGACGUGUGCGGCAAGGUGUUCCCCCACCGCUCACGGCUGGCCAAGCACCAGCGCUACCACGCCGCCGUCAAGCCGUUCGGCUGUGAAGAGUGCGGCAAGGGCUUCGUGUACCGCUCGCACCUGGCCAUCCACCAGCGCACUCACACGGGCGAGAAGCCCUUCCCGUGCCCGGACUGCGGCAAGCGCUUCGUCUACAAAUCCCACCUGGUGACUCACCGACGCAUCCACACGGGCGAGCGGCCCUACCGCUGCGCCUUUUGCGGCGCAGGCUUCGGGCGCCGCUCCUACCUGGUCACGCACCAGCGCACGCACACGGGCGAGCGGCCCUACCCGUGUCCACACUGCGGCCGCAGCUUCAGCCAGAGCUCAGCGCUCGCGCGGCACCAGGCGGUGCAUACGGCUGACCGGCCGCACUGCUGCCCAGACUGUGGCCAGACCUUUCGCCUCCGCGCCGACUUCCAGCGCCACCGGCGAGGAGGUGCCUGUGCAGAGCCCGGAACUGAGGGUCUGCGGCCGGAGCCUGGGGAGGCGGGAGGACCCGAGGAGACCGAGGCUGAAGCCGAAGCCGAGCCUGAGGGACCUGGGCCAGGCGAGGCUGACCAGGACAGCAAGGCACCGGAGGCUCCAGAGCCACCGGGCAGCCCCGAGCACAAGGAGACCACAGAGCCGGUGACCCGAGCCCUGGAGCUGGGCAAUGGCCUUGGCGGGGGUGAGGGCCCGUCCUCCCACCCGCUCGGAUUCCCCUUUCCCAUGCACCCCAAGUCCUGGCUGAACCCCGACACCUUCCCUAUGCUGGGCCUUCCAGACUUAAGGGAGCGGCUGCCGGCUGAUGUGCGCAGGCUCCCGGGUCUGGGAGGUCCGCUCUCCCUGGUGGAGGGCACCGGGUUGGCCUGUGAUCCCUUCGGUGGGGGCGGCCGCCCCGGGGGCAGCGUGCGCGCCUUUGGACCGGCUGUGGGGGGUCUUCUGGCCGAGCCGGCCCCCGCCACUCUGCCAGAGGAGGAGACCCCAUGGAUCUGCUCCGACUGUGGGAAGACUUUCGGACGCCGCGCGGCGCUGGCCAAGCACCAGCGCUACCACGCAGGUGAGCGGCCGCACCGCUGCGCCGACUGCGGAAAGAGCUUCGUGUACGGCUCGCACCUGGCGCGCCACCGGCGCACGCACACGGGCGAGCGGCCCUUCCCCUGCCCCGAGUGUGGCGCCCGCUUUGCCCGCGGCUCGCACCUAGCAGCGCACGUGCGCGGCCACACCGGGGAGAAGCCCUUCGUGUGCGGCGUGUGCGGCGCGGGCUUCAGUCGGAGGGCGCACCUGACGGCGCACGGGCGGGCGCACACGGGGGAGCGGCCCUACGCGUGCGGCGAGUGCGGACGGCGCUUCGGGCAGAGCGCGGCGCUGACGCGGCACCAGUGGGCGCACGCGGAGGAGAAGCCGCACCGCUGCCCCGACUGCGGCAAGGGCUUCGGCCACAGCUCGGACUUCAAGCGGCACCGGCGCACGCACACGGGCGAGAAGCCCUUCCGCUGUGCCGACUGCGGCCGCGGCUUUGCGCAGCGCUCCAACCUGGCCAAGCACCGGCGCGGCCACACGGGCGAGCGGCCCUUCCCGUGCCCCGAGUGCGGCAAGCGCUUCUCCCAGCGCUCGGUGCUCGUCACGCACCAGCGCACGCACACGGGCGAGCGGCCCUACGCCUGUGGCCACUGUGGACGCCGCUUCUCCCAGAGCUCGCACCUGCUCACGCACAUGAAGACACAUCGUGGCCUGGCUGCUGCACCCACCCCGGCUUCACCCAAGACCGAGGUGCAGGCCAAGGGUCUGGGCACUGGGUCAGUAGGAGCGAGUUCGGGGCUCGGGCUGGAACAUGGGAGUGGCCUGCGGGAGUUUGCGGGUGGGACGAGCUUCAGCUCUGAGCCGGCCACCUUCCCAGGGUCCUCAGGUGCCUACGAGGAGACCACCCACUCCCACCCCUCAGCCUCUGGCUGCACUCCUGAAAAGGCUGAGACACCCGAUGUAGUUCAGCGGUGUGGGGGGGCUCCGAGAGAGACGAGCCUGGGCGCGGGGGAAGAGCAGUGGACGGCCGCCCUGAGGAUUAUGGCCUCUCCAGGGCUGUGCCGAAGCCAUGCCGUGGACGUGGAUGGCAGUGGUCAUGAGUUUUACAACGAGACAGGGAAGGCCUAG